AUGGACAUCACCGCAGUAAAUGCUCUUCCUUACGAGGAUUUUGUGAAUAUUUUCGGGAACGUGGUGGAGAAAUGUCCAAUAAUAACAGCCGCCGUGUGGUCGAGGCGUCCCUUUGUGAGCUUAAAUGCUUUGGAGGCUGCGAUCACUGAGUUCAUCGAUAAUCUCCCAGAAUCAGGUAAAGAAGGGAUCCUCAGGUGUCACCCGGACCUCGCGGGCAGGGAUCUCCAGAGUGGCACGCUGACCCGGGAGUCGCGCGAGGAGCAGGCACGAGCCGGGAUGGACACGCUGAGUUCGGGUGAAGCCUCGCGCAUGGCCCGGCUCAACGAGGAGUACAAGACGCGCUUCGGGUUUCCAUUUGUCAUCUGCGCCCGGAUGAACGACAAAGCGAACAUCCUGCGGCAGCUGACCGAGCGAUGCGGGAACGAGCGCGCCUUGGAGAGGGAACGAGGAAUCGAGGAGGUGAAGAAGAUUUGCCGCCUGCGUCUCCAAGGUCUAAUGCUCUGUGACGCACCGAACAAACUAUGA